UUCUCCAUCUGUCCUCUGCUUUCUCUUCGUUCCACGCCUUCCGAAAAUUCUCUUUGCGUUUCUCUUUGCACUCAAUCAUUUCAAAUUCGAUGUUUUUUUUUUUUUUUCUUCAAAUUUUGUGAGAACUAGUACCUGAAAUAUCUACGAUUAGGGUUUUUGUUUUAUGUUAUUUUCUCCCAAAGCCUCCAUCAACCUCUAUUUGGCAGUGAAUCGAAAGGGCUAUUGAUUUCAAUUCGGCGGAGUUGGGAGGGUUUGUUGUGGGAUCGGCUGGCCGGAAAGUUUUGUUAGUUUCCGGCAACAAUGGCGAGCGACUUACCGAUGGGGCCUCAGUUGGAGCAGAUCCACGGUGAAAUCCGCGAUAAUUUUCGAGCCCUAUCAAAUGGAUUCCAGAAGCUGGAUAAGAUCAAAGACUCCAAUAGACAAAGUAAACAGCUGGAAGAACUGACGGGAAGGAUGAGGGAGUGCAAAAGAUUAGUCAAGGAGUUUGAUCGUGAACUUAAAGACGAGGAGGGCAGAAAUCCUCCUGAGGUUAACAAGCAACUCAAUGAUGAGAAGCAGUCUAUGAUCAAAGAGCUGAAUUCAUAUGUAGCAUUGAGAAAAACGUAUAUGACUACCCUUGGUAAUAAGAGAGUUGAGCUCUUUGAUAUGGGAGCAGGAGUUAGUGAACCCACGGCUGAUGACAAUGUUCAAGUAGCAUCAGCUAUGUCUAAUCAAGAACUUAUAAAUGCUGGAACGACGACAAUGAAUGAGACUGAUCAGGCCAUUGACCGCACUAAAAAGGUUGUUGAACAAACAAUUGAAGUGGGAACUCAAACUGCUGUUACAUUAAAGGGCCAAACUGAACAAAUGGGCCGAAUUGUUAAUGAGCUGGAUACAAUUAACUUCUCAAUUAAGAAGGCCUCCCAGCUUGUGAAGGAGAUUGGUAGGCAGGUGGCUACAGACAAAUGCAUCAUGCUUUUUCUAUUCCUUAUUGUCUGUGGUGUAGUAGCCAUUAUUAUUGUCAAGAUUGUGAACCCCGGUAACAAAAACAUCAGGGACAUCCCAGGAUUGGCACCUCCAGCUCCCUCAAGGAGGCUUUUGUGGGCUACAGAACAUUUUGAUUAGAAUCCUCAUUUCAUUGCAGUUUUCCCACUCAGUUAUGAUUCAUGUUGUAGUUCAUGACAAAGGGAGGUCAGAGGAAUGCUGUUUGCGGGUGUCACUCUUUUUUUUUUUUUUUAAUCUUCUUUCUUUAAUUUUAUCCAUUCUUGCCUGAUAUGUGCAUAUCAUGUUUAUGAUUCUCUUUUAUGUGUAAAUCACAUGCGAGCCCAUUUUGCUUUGUUUUGAAUGAGUGGUUCUUUCUGUAAACCUUUCAAGACCACUGUAAUCUAGAAAGAAAACUCCGCUGUGAAAUUCCAUUCUAUGUUUCCCUUGAAAGGAGAUCUGUAUGGUCUUUUCAAAUGUAUACACACUAUUUUAUUUUCUAGUGGCUGGCCUACCGCCUUUGGGUA